UGAGAGCGCACGCACCAGGCACUGCUGGCUACAGUCAGGAGCGCGCGCGUUCACUAUAGCUGUUGAGACAUUCGCGUUCAUCGUCUCUCCCAUCUCUCCAAUCUUUACAAUCUUCAACCAAUACGUUCGGCGGCGGCUUGACCAUCGGGCGAUUCAACCCUCCUGCUUGUACAUUCACGGACCAACACAUACACACACACGCAGCACCUUCGCCGUCUUUGGGCACAGUUGGGCAGACAGCGUCUAUCCAACGUAGAUCGGCCACGCCGGGAGACGGACCACACACCUUGAUCAUCCUUCGCCCACUGCCCGGUCUCGCGUUGCUGUCUACUUCCACCCGCGUGGUGUUUAACAGCAGACUCUGAUCGUCUUGUAACUUGAGUAUCGAAAGCAAGAUGGCGAAGAUCCCGCGCAACUUCCGCCUGCUGGAGGAGCUCGAGAAGGGUGAGAAGGGCAUCGGCGAUGGAACGUGCAGCUACGGCCUGGACGACGGGAGCGACGUGAUGAUGUCCCACUGGAACGGCACUAUCAUCGGCCCUGGGCACAGCGUGCACCAGAAUAGGAUCUACAGCCUCAGGAUCCACUGCGGUGCAGAAUAUCCAGACAGACCGCCAGAAGUGCACUUUCUCACCAAAAUCAACCUGCCUUGCGUGGAUCAGUCAAAUGGAAAGGUGGAGCCGAGACUCUUCCCGGUACUCGCUCAGUGGCGUCGGGACUACACGAUUGAGACGAUCUUGAUCGAGCUCAGGAGGGAGAUGGCCUCCUCUGCGAAUCGGAAACUGCCGCAGCCAGCAGAGGGGAGCAUGUACGCUGCGUAGCGUCGGCGACAGAAGCAUUUUAAACUAAACCAGAAGACUCAGUACAAAAGCGGUGCGCUACCGAUCGACUCUGUACAGCAGCUCGACGAGCUUGUCCCCUUUUGCGCCGUACAGCAGGCUCUCCUGCUCGCGUGCAGCCUCGACACCAGCAGUCAUGCUCGCUCCAAUCGCAUCUGUGCCGCGCCCCGCUGGCCUCUUUGCGGCGGGGGCUGUCAAUGAGGGAGAUGUGAGGAAAUUGUCGACCCACAGCUCGUACGCUUUG